AUGUCUUCUACUCAGAAGGACCUCCCCGGCAAGGCCGGCAAACCCACGACCAUCACGACUACGACCACCCUCACCGUCCCCGGUACAGACACUACAAUCCAAGUGACCGGAACCAAAGUCACCAUCCCGGCGAGCUUCGGCCGCCACCACCGCCAGCCCAAGUCGGGCAACAACACCACCACCACCAAGACGGACGAUGUCCCCUCUGCCGCCAAGCCCAAUACCACCACCAGCGGCACAUGCCCCCAUUACAAGUGGCAACCCAGUCCCACCCCGAGCCAAACCCAGACCCGCUAUGUCCCGGACUGCGCAAAGCCCAGGAAGGGACUGGUUCCCACGCCUGCACCCAAGUGGUGCCCUGUGUGUUGUUCGGGCCCGAUGCCGCCUUGGGCUGAGGCUCCUAAGCCUACCUCUAAGGCUAAGCGCAAGGAGGGAGAGAAGAAGAAGGAGGUUGAUGAGGAUGAGGAGGCAUACGAUGGGCGUCGAGAAGAUGAUUGGACGGAUGUGUGGUUUGAUAUGGAUUGA